AUGGCUUCCACGGAAGAACCCGUCCCUGCCCCUGCUCCCGCUGCUGCGCCCGUUUCGGCCGAGGUUGACGCUGACAUGGCACCCCCUGCUACUCCCGUCGACUCUACCAUCUUGUCCGGCAGCGAGGGACCCGUUACAAGCCCCGAUGCUUCGAUCAGAGACAAGGAGAAUAUCAAGUCUUCGCCCGAAAAGACCACUACAACCACAAAGCGUCCGUUGUCUGGAACGGCAGCUGCCAAACGUCCGAGCUCUAUUUCUGGCGCUUCCAAGACCGCAGCGUCCACCGCGCGAGCUGCGGCCAACGGCAGUACGCUCAGCAAGCCCCCAACUCGUCCUAUCACUUCCGGCACUGUCCGUAAACCGCUGAGCACUUCGACAACCGCUUCUCACCGGUCUCGUCCUUCAGUGAGCUCCGCAGAUGAGAAGACGAGAUCGGUCGCGAGCUCUGGCGACGAAAAGAGAGGAAUCUCGGGUUCGGCCAAGCGCAUGUCCUUGGUCGGCACUACUUCCUCUAGGGCUCCAAUGAAGACGACUACGUCCACUUUGGACCGUCGCUCGAGCAUUGCCGGUACCACCGCAUCCAGGAGCACGGCUACGCGUCCUGGUGCCGCUUCAUCCACUAAACCUGCCACAAAACCAACUGGCGUGUCCAGCACUUCCCGUACAUCCAACAGCACGGGCACGACCGCGGCCCGACCUGCAACCCGACCCGCGGCCACGGCGACACGCCCUACAACGACGGCCUCGAAGCGACUGAGCACCGCCAUCAAGGUUUCCGACGAUGAGGCGGAGAAACUGCAGUCGCUGCAGAACAAGCUGUCCGAGAGUGAGGCUACUGUCGCCAGUCUCAAGGCCGAGCUGGAGACCGUGAAUGAGAAGCUUUCUCAGCUGUCAGUGUCUCAGGAGGGAGCACCCAAAGAAAACGACGAUGCAGUCGCCAGCGCCCUCCGGGAGGAGCACGCUGCCGAGACGGCAAAGCUGGCCGCUGAACACGCCGAGCAGCUCCAAGCUCUGCAGGCUCAAUUGGACGAGGCAGAGACCAAGCGCAAGGAGCUGGAAGAAAAGACCCUGCGGGACCUGGACGAUGCCGCCAAAGCAGCCGCUCAGGAAGGGGACGACAAGACUACUGCGGCACUUGAGGAGUUGAAGCAGUCCCACCAGUCUCAACUUGAGGCGCUGGAGAAGGAGCUCGCUGAACAAAAAGCCAUUGCGGCCGGCUACGCUGACCAGAUUGCCGCUCUCCAGGCCCAACUCGAAUCGCAAAAGAAUGGGCUUGAGGAAGCCACCCAGAAGUUACAGGAGGAGAAGGCGUUGGCCCUCGACAGCUUGGACCGGGAGCUCAAGGGACGCGACCAGGUGAUUGAGAACCUCAACAUGGAGAUGGAGAAAUUGAACAGCGCCAAGGAACAGGAGGUUCGUGCGGCCGAAGAGUCCGCCAAGCAAUCCGUCUCCGCGCUGGAGGAGAAGGUCGCCGAACUAGAGGCCAAACUUGCCCAAGCUGAAUCUGCCACGAGCCAAAGCAGUGAGGAGACUGCUCUUCUGCUUGCCGAGAAGGACAAGGAAGUUGCUGAGCUCAAGCAAGCUGUUGCAAAGUUGCAGGAAGAGCUUCAGGAGGCCCGCGAAACUGCCGCCAAGGAAUUGAAUCAGAAGAUUGCUGAAUUAGAAGCCGCUCACGAGGCCGCAGUCGCCAAGCUCAAGGCUGAACAUGAGGAGGCUCUGGCCUCGGUCGCCGCUGCCCACGCCCAGGAAUUGACCGUGGCGAAGCAGGCAGCUGAAUCUGCCGGUUCCCUGCACUCUGAGGAGCUUCAGAAGCUGCGCGAGGAAUUGGAUGCUGCCGAAGCCGCAGCGCAAAAGGGAAGGGAAGAGGCCAUCGGUGAGCUCAACGCAGCACAUCAAGCCGAACUGCAAGCCCUUCAGGACAAGCUGAACGCAUCGGAGCAGGCGCUGUGCGAAGCUCGGCAAGCGCUGGAGGCUAGCGUCAGCUCGGUCCAGGCCGUUGCGGUCCAAGAGAUUGAGUCGCUCAAGGAGAAGGUUGGUGCGUUGGAGUCGCAGCUGUCGACCGGACAGGGCGAGAUCCAGUCUCUGGUAGAAGAGGUCCAGAGCAAACAGGCAGAAGCCGAAGCCUUGCACCAGAACCUCACUGAUUUUGAAACCAAGCUCAAGGCCAAGGACGCCGAGAAGGACGAGCAGCUGAAAGCUCUGGGCGAGAAGGCAGCUGCCUCGGAGAAGGCUCUUGAGGAGCAACUCAAGGAGGCGGUUGCUGUUGCUGAGAGACACGCAGAGGCCUUGGAGGCGUUGAAGGCGGAGCACGCUGCGGCGCUCGAACAGGCCAAGAGCGAGGCGGCUGGGUCCCAUGAGAGUACGCUGAGCGCGCUCCAGGCCAAGCAUGAUGAGCUGCUCGCGGCGAACCGGGACCUGGAAACGACUCACGCCGAAAAGGUCGAAAGGCUAGAGGCGGCGCUGAAGAGCACGCUGGAACGCCAUGCGGGUGAGAUCAGCUCGCAGACGGAGCUGCGCGAGAAGGAAAUCGCGGAUCUCCGGAAGGACUUUGAAGAGACCAAGGCCAAGCUCCUUGCGGAACUCGAAGCAUCGCAGACAUCCAAGGCUGCCGAAGCUGAUGCCGAGCACAGCAAGGCGAUCGAACAGCUGCUCACUCUCCAGGAGGAGAAGCUGUCCAGCCUCCGGUCCGAACUCGAAUCCUCCCACAAGGCCAAGCUGGAUGAGCUGCAGAAGUUGCAUGACACCGCCCUCGCGGAGGUCCAGGAGCAGCUUGCGCAAGCCCGUGCUGCGAUGCAGGACACCUCUCUGAUCGAUGGUCUGAGGGCGACGGUGGCCGAUCUCGAGCAGAAGCUGAUGGAUGCGGACAAGGCCGUGGCUGCCAAGGAAGCGCUGGCGAACCAGCACAGCACCGCGCUGACCCAGCUGGAUGCGGAGAAGAAGGAGUUGGAGGCCCGCUAUGCGGCGGUGACCAGCCAAGUGGACGAGUUGACGAAGUCGGCUGCUGCGUCGGAGAGCAUCAAGGCGGAGCUGGAGCGGGUCCUGAACCAGCUGUCUGCGUCGCAGGAGGAACUGUCGCAGCUCCAGGCCAGCCACGAAGCGGUCAGCGGCGAGCUGGAGCAGUUCAAGACGCAGACCCGGACGAUGGAGGAAAAGCUGUCCCAGGGCGAGAAGGACCUGAACGACCAGAUCGAGCGCAACAUGUCGCUACUGAACCAACUGGGCGAGGUGGACUCGGCCAUUUCGGCCAAUCGCAAGCGCGUGCGUGAACUGGAGGCCGAACUGGCGGCGCUCAAGGCGGACAAGGACAGCGGCAAGGGCAGCGUGGGGCUGGAGGGAAGCCGAUGGGCGGCGGCAGAGGAUGGGGCGAACACGAGCCAAAGUGAAGAGAGUGGUCCGACAGCCGCUGCGGAAGGUGAGGACCUUGGAUCAUCCAUAGAGGGAACGAUGGCAAGCAUUCAGGAACAGCUUAAACAUAUCCGGACGGCCAACGAUGACUGGUACGACGAACACCGCAGACUCAUUGGCGAGCUUGCUCAGCUAUCGCGACGCACAACACCGGACCGUCGGAGCCAGGCGUCGACGCCUCAGMUGGAACAACUGAGCAGCUUCGAGAGCCGCAGUGGGGAACGAUCGUCCUGA